AUGAAAAAUAAAAGAUCAUUAAUAUAAGAAUAAUAACCAGAUCAUGAUACAAUUAGAAGACAGAAUGAAAUUACACUAUAACCUACAAUUCAAGUAUAUAAGAUGUAUACUUAAUUACAUACAGCAGCUUAAGCUGAAUAAGUGGCUGAUUCUCUUUCUACAAUAGAAUUUAUGUAAAAACAUUGUGAUAAGAAUAUGAAAGUUAGAGAAUUUGCUAUGUAUGCUGCUCAGUUUUUUAAAUAUGAACACUAUAAUUUUGGUUAAGCUAUAAUGAAUUAAGGAGAAUAUGGAGAUAGAUUUUAUAUUCUGUUACAUGGUGAGGUUGGUGUUUAUAUUAAAAGAUCAGUUGAAGAUAUCGAACAAGAAUUAGAUUUUAUUACUCAAUAAAGUAGUGAAACAAAUAUAGGUGGUAAUCUAUUAAAGAAAAAGAAAACUAUUCAACUUCCUUAAUUUAAUAGAUUUGAUUUGGCUCUUAGAAUGUUAAAAGAGAAUCCAAUAUAUUUUAAUAGUGAUGUCCCAUUAUUUAAGAAAGUAUGGUAAUAUUAUUCUGGUUAAUGUUUUGGUGAUUAAGCAUUAAUACUUGAUCAACCUAGAUCUGCUAGUGUUAUUGUGGUAUCUGAAGAAGCACAUUUAAUUUCUAUGAAUAAACAUGAUUAUAAAUUAGUUUGUGAUAAAUAGAUUUAAGAAUAAAAUCUAAAAAUUGAAUACUUUAUGAAAUUAUUUAAUGGUGCUUCUAAAUUUACUGUUUCUAAAUUCAUAUAAAAUUUAAGAACAAUUAAUUUUGCAUCUUAAACUAUUUUAUGGAAAGAAGGUGAAGAACCUAAAUUUUAUUUUCUAAUUUAAAAAGGAAGAGUUGAACUUUUUAGACAUAUUUAUGAUGAUACAAAUACAUAAUCAAAUACAAAAAAAAAAAAAAAAAUAGUAUUAAGUUAAUUAUCAGACAAUGCUUUUGUAGGUUAAGAAGAAAUAAUUGAUUCUUUGCCAUAAAGAUUAUAUUCAUGUCAAGUAUUAGAUAACACUAUUGCAUAUUAUAUGGAAGCAACAGAAUUCAAUAAUUUAAAAAAAAACUUUCCUGAUAUUGUUAAAUUAUUAAAAGAUAAAAGUAAUCUAAUUUAAGAAUAUAUGUCUAAUAGAUAAGCCAAAAUUAUUUCUAUCUUAUAAUAACAUGACAAAGCAUAAAAUUCAUAAUCUUAAUAAUUAUAAAUUACAGAAAGAAAAACUAUUCAAGAAAUCUUCAAAAAUCCAGAUGAAAGACCAGAUAAAAAUGAUAUUAGAUCUUAAAAACCAAGAGUCUUAUUAUAAUCUGAAAUUGCUCAUUAAAAUAUGAUUUAUCAUCUUAAAAAAUUACCUAAUGAUCCAAAAACUAAAUUUUUAAUGCUUGAUAAAGAAAUGAUUGAUCAAAUUAGAGAUAGAGUUUCUAGAAAAAUAUAAACUAAUGCUGAAAAGAAAAUAAGAAUCAAAACUACAUCACUUGAUGAUAAUCAAAUUUUAAUUAAUAGAGUUUAAAGUGCAGCCAGUACUAAAUCUAAGAAAUUAAAAAGAUUUGAUAAUCUUGAUACUGUACUUUAAAUUACUUCUUCAGAACCAAACAUAAUAUCACCAAAUUUUGCUACAUCUUCAACUACAUCAAUACCUAUUGUUUAAAGAGCAUGGAAUCCUUUAAGUAAAUAAUUAAAAGCUAGAAUGCGUAAAACUAUGAGUUGCAUGUUCAGUCGAAAUACUAUACCUACAAGACAAACUGAAUCUGAUGAAAUAUUUUCUUAAUUUACUCAACCUGUUAGAAUUCAUACUGGAAAAUCUCAUAGUCGAAAAAUGUAUCAAUUUAAUCAAUAUUUAGAACUUCCUCUAUUGGUUCGCGCAAAAAAAGUGCCUAAUAUCACAGUUUUAUUUGA